AUGAAAGCUUUGACCCUCCCUGCAGUCUCAGUUUUCCUCUCUUUCCUUCACACCUCUCUUCAGGCACUCGGCAAGGGGACGUUUCUAAUGUACAACGAGGACACCAAGCUGUGCUUAGCUGCCCAGAGCUCUGGAGCAGUGAGGACAGCUGCCUGCGAGCCAGGCACACAGCUGCAGGCGUUCCGGUGGGUGUCCCAGCAGCGGGUGCUGAGCCUGGCCUCGGCGCGGUGCUUGGGAGCGCCCUACAAGCAGAACCAGGCCAACAUCUCCUUGUACUCCUGCGACACCAAAAGUGAGUUGCUGAGGUGGGACUGCAGAAAUGGGACCCUGGCUGUGCCAGGGGAGAGUUUGUUCCUCAGUGCUGGCAGAAGAGAGGAGGACAGUGCUGUGCUGAGCGCAGGACCAGCGGAGGGGCAGCGCUGGAAGAUCUACGGAACCAUGGAGGAUUUGUGUGCUCGAGGCCAUGAAGAUCUGUUCACGCUGGCAGGAAACGCCCGCGGAGCUCCCUGUGCCUUCCCCUUCCGGCUGGGCAGCAGCUGGCAGGGCGAGUGCACGGCGGCUGGCAGGUCGGACGGCUUGCUCUGGUGUGCCACCACCCCCAGCUUCGAGCAGGACCAUCUCUAUGGCUUCUGUCCCACUGGCAACAACGACCCAUUUUGGAGCACAGAUCCUCUGACAGGGGCCCAGUACCAGGUCAAUCACCAGUCAGCCCUCACCUGGCAACAGGCAAGGAGGAGCUGCCAGCAGCAGAAGGCAGAACUGCUGAGUGUCACAGAGAUCCACGAGCAGGAGUAUCUAAUAGACUUGAUUGGCAGCAAGAGAUCCUCUCUCUGGAUCGGCCUGAACCGCCUGGACCCCAACAGCAGCUGGCACUGGAGCUGUGCCCUUCCCUUCAGAUACCUGAACUGGGCACCAGGAAGCCCUGGGCCCGAGCCUGAGAAACUCUGUGCAGCACUGAACCCCAAGAGAGAUGGGAGAUGGGAAACCCAUCCCUGCCAGCUGGAACUUGGCUACAUCUGCAAAAAGGACAACUCCACGCUGGAGCUUCCCACUCCUCCAGCAGGGCAUUCAGAGCCUGCUCAGUGCCCAGAAGGAUGGGUGGCCUAUGGAGAUCACUGCUUCAUGGUUCACAGAGACCUCAGAGCAUGGCACGAAGCCCUCAGCUCCUGCAAUGAGAGCCAUGGCAGCCUGGCCAGCAUCCACAGCCCCCAGGAGCACAGCUUUGUGCUGUCUCAGCUCGGCUACAAAGCUGUGGAUGAGCUGUGGAUUGGCCUGAAUGAUCUCAACACUCCCAUGUACUUCGAGUGGAGCGAUGGCAGUCCUGUGACAUACACCAAGUGGCUGCCUGGAGAGCCCAACCCUGCAAUCAGUGGCCAAGAAGACUGUGUCCUAAUGGCUGGAGAGGAUGGAUCCUGGGCAGACAGUGCCUGUGACAGGAAGCUGGGUUACAUCUGCAGGACAGACCCAGCAGCAGGGGUUCCCAGGACAGCAGAGGAGAAUCCUGGCUGCCCCAAGGGCUGGAAAAGGCAUGGCUUUUACUGCUACCUGGUUGGACACAGCUCUGCAACCUUCUCAGAGGCAAAGAAAAGCUGUGAGAGGAGCAGUGGUUAUUUAACAACCAUAGGAGACAGGUAUGAGCAAGCCUACCUGACCAGCCUCAUCGCUCUGCACUCCGAGGAGGCCUUUUGGAUUGGCCUCUCAGGCACAGCAGAGCAAGGGAUGUUCCAGUGGGUGACUGGAGAAGGAGUGCUGUACACACACUGGAAUGAAGCAAUGCCUGGGAAUGGAGCUGGUUGUGUGGCCCUGAGGACUGGAGCUGCAGCUGGGCUGUGGGAUGUGCAGCACUGUGACAUCAAAGCAAGAUUCCUCUGCAAGAAACCAGCUGAGAAAGUCACUCUUCCUCCUGUUCCUGAAACCUCUCCUGAUUCCAUAUGUCCUCUGGGUUGGGACACAAGCAACAGCACUGAUUUAUGCUUCAGAGUGUUUGUGAGAGAAAAAGACCAAAAGAAAACCUGGUUUGAAGCCCAGGAUUUCUGCAGGCACAUUGGGGGAGACCUGGCUGCCAUCAGAAGUGAAGAAGAGCAAAUGGUGAUAGAAAACUCCAUCAGGAGAAACUCCCAGCCCUCUCAGCCUUUCUGGAUGGGUUUGCAGUGCCUGGAUCCUGAUGGUGGGCUGGCCUGGAGUGAUGGGUCACCAGUGAGCUAUAAGAAGAAUGGGCAUUUUUACAGCCCUGGCUUUGAAUGCUGUGGAGCCAUUAAUGAGGAGAGUUCCAUGGCAUGGAUUGCUUGGCACUGUGAGCACAGUCACAGCUGGGUCUGCCAAAUCAAGAAAGGGACCCCCUCAAAAGCAGAGCCUGCUCCUUCUGCCAUGUAUGGAGUCACAGCGGAGGGCUGGGUCGUGCACGGGGACCAGCAAUACUUCUUCAGCACAGAAAAGGCCUCUGUGAAGCAAGCCAGAACGUUCUGCAGGAGCAGCCAUGGGGAUCUUGCUACUGUCAGCAGCAGCAGCCUAAGGAAGUUCCUGUGGAGAUAUGUCUUGAAAAAUGGCAAAGAAGAGUCCUACUUCAUAGGAUUAACUCAGCCUCAUUAUCAGCAGCUCAGCUGGAUGGAUGGCAGCCCAGUGCACUACACAGCCUGGGCACAGGGGGAGCCCAGCUUCUCCCACGGGGUGGAAAACUGUGUGGUCUUAAAUCGAGAGGAUGGCCUGUGGAAUGAUGUCAGCUGUGGUUUUCCCAAUGGCUACAUCUGCCAGAGGCACAAAGGUGCUGAAAACAGGACACAUCUCUCAGCUGUGUCUGCACCUCCUGGAGGGUGUCCUGAAAACUGGAUUCUGUUUAAAAACCAGUGUUACCAGUUCUUUGGCAACGCCUAUGCAAACUGGGCUAGUGCAAGGAGAAGCUGUCUGAGCCUUGGAGGAGACCUGGCAAGCAUACACAGUGACCAAGAACAAGCUUUUCUCACUUACCACCUGAAGAACAUUUUUCUUGAGCCCUGGAUUGGCUUGAACGACUUAACCAGAGAACUGCACUUCGUGUGGGCUGAUGGAAGUGCUGUCUCCUACACAAACUGGGCUUCAGACUCCCCCAAACUUGUGGAACCUGUUCUCUUUGACAGCCUGCGUCCAGAAGAUGGCCACAACCUCCAACAGUCUGACUGUGUGGCUCUGAAGAAAGGUCCUGCUGAUGACACAGGACAAUGGCACGACAAGGGCUGCUACCUGCCCUCAGGGUACAUAUGCCAGAAGAGGAGUGAUCCUGACCUUUUUAAGCCAUCUGCAACAGACCUGGACUUUGCCUUUGCCCACUCUGGUGGCAUCAGCUAUUCUGUCACCCGUUCCAAAAUGUCCUGGGAUGAAGCACAGGAAAGCUGCAACAGCAAUGGCUCAGACCUUGCCAGUGUUCUGGACCCAUACAGCCAGGCCCUGCUGUUCCUGCUGGCACAGGAGCACAGAGAGCCUCUGUGGAUUGGGCUCAACAGCAAGGUGACCAGUGGCAAGUACCAAUGGGUGGACAGAUGGAGAUUAGCUUACAGCAAGUGGGCGAGGGGGGAGCCGAAGCAGGCCCUGGCAUGUGUCUACCUGGACACUGAUGGCACCUGGAAGACAGCUUCCUGCAAGGAAGAACUCUUCUCUGUCUGCAAGAAAUCAGAUGUGAUGGCCCCCACUGACCCCCCACAACUUCCUGGGAAAUGCCCUGAAUCAAGAGGACAAACAUCUUGGGUACCUUUCCAUGGGCACUGCUACCACUUCCAAGCCUCCAGGAAAAGAGCCUGGGCUGAGGCUCGUGAGGAGUGUGCUCGGCUAGGUGCUAACUUGGUAUCAGUAGGAGACUAUCCUGAAGCUCACUUUCUGUCAGACACCAUAAAGGUACUCUAUGGAAAAUCACUGAACUUCUGGAUAGGGCUGCAGAGAACUGAUGAAGGACAGUGGAUAUGGACAGACAAGUCUGCACUGGCCUUUGUCAACUGGCACCCAGGAGAACCUUCAAACAGGAGGCACAAGGAGUGUGGAGAAGUGUGUGCACUGACUGGCUACUGGUACACCAGUGUCUGCUCGUUCAGAAGGGGAUUCAUCUGCAAAAAGCCCAAAGGCAGUUUCCAGCCACACUGCCCCAGGCCUGUAGCAUUGCCUGGGGUUGUUGUGGCCCAGGUGCAGGAGCUGCCAUUUGGCCUUGUUGAAGCUCAUCCCUUUAACACUGGCCAUGGAUCCAGCCUGCCCAAGUGCCUCUGGAGAUCAGCUGUAGAUCUGUAG